CGACGAUCGAAAAUCAAAGACGCCCAAAAAGCUUCGGAGAUCGUCGGCACUAGAUACUACAUCAAUUACAGUCUUACAUACUGACGCAUUCGUUACUUUCUUGUAUUUAUCGGUCUUGCUUGUCUUUGUUUUUUCAUAAUAUUCACUCUUGAUUGUUCCGUUGCUGACGUUCGUCUUGUUCCUUCAGUCCUUUUUUGUGAUCAUACAGGUAGUCGCUCCUUGUUGUAAUUUACCGCAUACCGAAUAGCUGUUUGCCGUCUUUCUAUAGAGAUAAAGUGAUGACAAAACUCAACCUGACGAUGGCAAAAGUGAUGCGCCGCACUGUCGCCACCAAAAAUGCCGGAUGCGGGAUGCGCAGGCACGGAGCUGUGGGGGUCAAGAAGACGACCGCGGCAAGCACUUCGUCUGGACGCCUGACAAGUCAGUCUAACAGAAGAAAUAUGACGACUAUGUUGAAGCACCAUGAACAUAAAAGCAAACAGGAGGGGGAGCACGAUCAGGGUCAGGCGGAUUCAGUCCGCACACUUCAGUUCACGAAGAACAGCUGGUUACGAAUCAUUCCGAAAUCUUUGUUGCCAAAGGGCUCGGCGGUUUGGGAAGUGAGCGAAAAGAACAAAGCCGGGGAAAUGGGCCAGGCUUUCGGAAAUGCGUGGCAGGCUAAACCCAAACAGCAGGAUAUGAUUACGAUGUACGGGCGGGACGUCUUCGUUCCGCGAUUUAACCGCCUCUACGGCAUGGAGGAAGACCACAUCAAAGUGCGCGUGAGUGGCAAAACCUUCGUUGCAGAGCCAAUUCAGGCGGAAACGGAAACUCAUGACAGAGCGAGGGAAACAACGAAGAAGGGCCAUAUGAGUGCAGCCACGAAAACGCUGCACCGCUUGAUGCGAGAUGCAUUAGCGUUGGUCAAUUCUUCGGAGUUCCGGAAGAAGUUUAUGCAAGCACCAAUCACUUCCGAAAAGUCGUCUGGAGGUUCAUCUCGUUCUUUUCACAAAACUACUACUUCAUCCAGUACUUCUCGGAGUGCAGCCGCGAUGCGUACUCAGCAAGAGCCGCAGGAGGCUGCAACAUCAGAAAUCAUGAAGGGCGAUAAUACCACGACAGUAGACCAGAGGACAACGGAGAAGCUGCACAACGCUUGUGUUUUGAACUGGUACGAGCAUGGGGAGCAUUACAUAGGAUUCCACGCUGAUCGCGAAACAACUAUUGACCAUGACGUGCCGAUCAUAACCCUGUCGUACGGUCUGGAACGCCGAUUUCAGGUGCGGAUGAACUUGCCGGAGAACCAAAAGACUGUUGUCUUUGACGAAGUAAUUCCCAAUGGCGCUCUGGUUAUCAUGGGUGGCAAGUUUCAAUCCGAACUGAAGCAUGCGGUGCCGAAAACGAAACACGCGAGGGAGCCGAGAAUGUCCGUGACCAUUCGGAGAUAUCAUCCUUCUACUGCUUCCGCGUAAAGAUUCAAGAUCUCUUGAUUUCAAUGGUGCAGAGGUUUCGCUUGUGCAAAAUGGUCUUUAUACCGAACAAUAUCUUAAGUCGCAAUGAAGCAUGUGCACGUGCAUCAAAUUUUGCGCGUUGCUGAAUAGAUGGACGACUGUGUCUUGUUUUAUGUUACUGAGUGGUUUGUUUCUCGCGUUUCGACAUGGUAUUUGGACAAAGAGAAAGAUAUUUGCAAGAAAUAUUUGUUUUGAACAUUUUGGCUAUCGCUAUUCUCAUAUUUUAUUCUGUAGAAGUAAAUACGUAAACCAGAAAGUGAAGGGAUGGGUGCUUUCUUUUUCAAGCACAGGCAAUUCGUGGCAAUUCGUAUUUGAAGAAAAUUGUUUUCGUAGGUAUUAUUACAAUAUUUGAUUUGGUUUCGGAAAAGCAGAAAUAUAUUUAUCGUAGAAGGAAAGACGGCAUUGCUUCUGUGAACAAGACCUAAAACAACACUAGUUGAGACAUCGAAGUCACCGCACACGUGUUGCUCGUAUGCGCGAGAGAGUGUCUUGAGUUUAGGUUUCAAUGCACUAGCUUGUCUCUUCUUCUUUAAAGUUAUUGGUGGUGCUAGCUUGAAACGUUUUCGCAACGGAAUGAUAAAGAAGAUAUGUCUUUCGCUACAUUAUAACAACUUUUCCCGCUAGCUACGUGACAGCUUCUAUUUCCGAUGGAAAUGGCACACCAGAAACCGUCGAACGCGUGUCAGUUCCAACAGCAAUGUCCGGAACUGACGCACGAAAAACCUUGCACAGCUACUAGGUAAAUGUUGUUGUGGUAAGCAUGUAGAAAUUGUUUAAUCUGCAUGGCAAAGAAAACACCAUGG